AUGGACAAGAUUGUUAUUUCCGAAGACCGUUAUGGUCGAAAACUUAAUCAUAUGGAAGAUGAUGAUAUUAUCGACCGUCUUAAUAAUCGAUAUACAGUUCUGGCAUUAAUAAUGUGUUUUUUUAUAAUUACAGGAAAGACUUAUAUAGGAGAGCCAAUCAACUGUUGGACACCAGCUCAAUUUACUGGACCACAUAAUGUUUAUACAAACAGUAUUUGCUGGUUAAAAGGAUCCUAUUAUUUGCCAACCGAAGAAAUUACAAUUCCCGAUCGAUCAAAACCUCGACUUUAUCAUGUUUCUUAUUAUCAAUGGACACCAUUUAUUCUACUUGGUAUGGCUCUAUUUUUUCUUUUACCUCGAUAUAUAUGGCUUGCAUUUACACGAGGAGGUGGAGUCAAUAUUCAGAGAAUUGUAAAAACUACUAAAGAUCAACUAGAUCCUGACAAAGGUGUUGUUUUAGCACAACGUUCAUUAAAAUCAUAUAUUGAUACACAAAAUACAUUACAUGGAACAAUGUGUUGUGGUAUUCCUUGUCAUAAUUUUUAUUUUAGUUAUACAUUAACAUAUUUUAGUAUUAAAAUACUUUAUAUUGUCAAUACACUUUGUCAAUUUUUUCUACUCAAUACAUUCCUAUCAUUUCAUUUUACUAGUUAUGGUCCUCAAGGAAUAAAUAAAUUAUUUACUAAUGAUGAUUGGUUUGAAUCACCAAGAUUUCCUCGUGUUACUAUGUGUGAUUUUAUGAUACGGCAUUUAGGUUCAAAUCAACAUUGGUAUGCAAUUCAAUGCAAUUUACCAAUUAACAUAUAUAAUGAAAAGAUAUUUCUUGGUAUUUGGAUAUGGUUAAUAGUUUUAACGAUAUUAAAUUUUUUAUCAAUGAUUUUUUGGAUGGUAUCAUUGGCAAGAACACGUCGGGUAGCAACAAUUAAAAAAUAUUUGAAAAUCUAUACACCACGAUCAGAAGAAAAAGAAGCUUUAUUAUCAUCAACAACAAUGAUAAAAUAUCGAAGAUCUGACGUAGCGGAAACAGCUGAUGAUCUUACACGUUAUUUAGGCUUGGAUGGUUUUCUAAUAUUUGACCUAAUUGCACGUAAUACAGACGAUAUUGUAGCUGGAAAAAUCAUUGAUCUUUUAUCUAAAAGUUAUGAACGACCUGCUCGACAUCAUAUGAGCAAUGUUUGA